AUGCUGAGAAGCACCGCGAGAAGGUGGCUUCUCAGGUCCGGGUGGGCAAUAACCUACGCGGACCUCGAAAAACGAACCAGGCGUGUAGCAAUUCAUCUGGUGCGUGCCGGUAUAGCGCGAGGUAACAUUGUAGCGAUUGUCCUGGGCAGAUGUCUCUGGGCCAUCGAAUCCGUGCUCGCAAUACUGCGAGCAGAACUGGCCAAAAUUUUGGGGCAUAGCGGCGCAGGCGUGAUCAUCACGGAUGGCCGCCACUUGGCGACAGUGCGCGCCGCUGCCAGAGAGGGAAGCAUGAUUAUAAUAACCACCGCGAGUCCCGAUGUGGUCAACAUGGAGGGAGAGUUUCGGAUUGUGCGGUAUCAAGACUGGGCCGAAGAUGAGUGCGUGACCUUCGAUAUCAACAUUGACGACCUCGGGGAUGAUGAGGAAGCCUUUCUGCACUACACUUCCGGGACAACGAGCUUGCCCAAAGGGGUGUUGUCGAGCCAGAAGAGUUGGAUGUGGAACGUCACCAGCGUUGCUUCAGCAAUUGGCUUGACUCCAGGGGACCGGUUCUUUUGGCCGCUUCCCCUAUUUCAUUGCUUGGGCCAUUCGUUGUGCAUCAUCGCCACCGUGGCCGUGGGUGCCAGCGCCUAUCUCCCUGACGCCGAUCAGAUACCGUUUAACAGCCUCUUGGACAGGCAGGCUCGGGAAGCAACAAUCAUUCUAGUGGACCUAGACGGGAACCAGGUCAACGACGGCGAGCAAGGCGAGGUCUGGAUACGCGGCCCCGGUCUAAUGCUCAAAUACUACAAGGAGACUCGUGCGCCUUUUACCUCAGACGUUGGCCGGAAAAAAGAACUAAUUAUCCGGGGGGGCGAAAAUAUCCUGCCUAACGAGCUGGAGCGCGUCCUGCUUCAGCAUCCCGGUGUGGCCGACGUCGUCGUGGCCGGCAUCCCACAUGGAUUGCUUGGAGAGAUACCUGCUGCCUUUAUUGUGAAGGGCGAUGCUGAUCUUGACCUAUCGGCCCUGCUUGCCGUAUGUCGUGAAGCUCUGCCAGACUAUAAAGUUCCCGCGGCGUUUUACGAGAUUGAUGUUGUGCCUCGAACUCUCUUAGUGCUCGCCGAAAUGGUGGGCGCAUGUGUGGUAGACAUUGGGCCCGAGGAGAGAGACUCAAACACGGACUGGCUUCGUCGACACUUUGACCAGCCCUUCUCGGUCCUGGGCCUGAGUUCGAUGGCUGGUGUGGUCCUCCGAGACAGACUUGCCAGUCUCACUGGCUUGGCCAAACUUCCCAAUACUCUCGUGUUUGACUACCCUACCCCGGCAGCAGUGAGCGAGUACCUUUACAACCGUGACUUCCCAGAUGACCGUGGUUGGAAUGUUGAGGCAUUGUAUAGCACUGACCCCAACGCGCCUGGCACCUCAACGACGAAGCGUGGCGGUUUCCUGCCUGACUUUGCGGACUUUGAUGCUGACCUCUUUGGCAUGGCACCCCGUAUUCUGUACGAUGAUUACGAAGACAACGGCUUCGGCAACCACGGUGCAGUUGAAGCACACCUCGGACUUGGUUCAUCCAGCAGCGUAGUCUCUGGGCGUGUCUCAUACUGUUUUGGCCUCCAUGGUCCCUCGCUUGCUGUCUCAACGGGGUGCUCUUCCUCAUUGGUCGCGAUUCACCAAGCAGCCCAGUCUCUACGAAACAGCGAGUGCCUGAUCCUUCUUGAGCGGCUGUCGGACGCCACGCGCAACGGGCAUCAAAUAUGCUCCUUGAUCCGCGGCUCCGCUGUUAACUCUGAUGGCACAUCGAAUGGGCUAACGGCACCCAGCGGGCCUGCUCAGCAAAUGUGCAUCCAAAGUGCUCUGGCCCAGUCAGGGCUAUCACCAGCAGACGUAGAUGUGCUUGAAGGCCAUGGCACGGCGACACCCAUAGGUGACCCUAUUGAGAUUCAGGCUGUGAUUUCAGCCUAUGGAAAUGGCAAUAGCGAGGGUAAUGACAAAAGCACUCGCCGUUCGAUACCGCUGCUUCUUGGAUCGAUCAAAUCCAACAUCGGUCACACGCAAGCUGCAGCAGCCGUCGCAGGAAUCAUCAAGAUGGUACAGGCUACACGCCAUGGCGUCGCUCCGGCGUCAUUACAUAUCCGUGAACCUUCACGGCAUGUCGACUGGAAAGACCAAGGCGAGCUGCGGUGUCUUCGUUUGGAAUUGCGGGCACGAACAGCCACAUCAUUCUGGAGCAGCCAAAUCCUGGAGAGCAAGAAGCCCCGAAACUGA